CAGGAAUAUGGCGGCGAGUCAGGGAGUUGGUGGUAACAGUGCGGGCGGCGGUUGUAGUGGAGGUGGAAAUAGUGGUAGCGGUGGCGGUGGCACGGCAGGAGGAGGUAGUGGAGCGGGAGCAGGAGGUGGCGGCGGCGGGACCCUAGUGCUGCCCAUCCCGGUACCGACUCUUUUCGGUCAGCCUUUCCCCAACGGGCCGCAGUGGAACCCCGGGAGCUUGCAGCCUCAACACACCGCGAGGAGCCUGGACCGGGCCCUCGAGGAGGCAGGCAACUCCGGCAUCCUUAGCCUCAGUGGUAGGAAACUUCGAGAGUUCCCUGGCAGUGGCUACGACCUGACGGACACCACCCAAGCAGAUCUUUCAAGAAAUCGUUUUGCAGAAAUUCCUUCUGAUGUCUGGUUAUUUGCACCCCUUGAAACAUUAAAUUUAUAUCAUAAUUGCAUAAAAACCAUUCCUGAACCCAUUAAAAAUCUGCAGAUGCUAACAUACCUUAACAUCAGUCGAAAUCUUUUAUCAGCAUUGCCAAAAUACUUAUUUGAGCUACCUCUUAAAGUUUUGGUUAUCAGUAAUAAUAAACUGGUAUCCAUCCCAGAAGAAAUUGGGAAGUUAAAAGACUUAAUGGAAUUGGAUAUUAGCUGCAAUGAGAUUCAGGUUCUUCCCCAACAAAUGGGGCAAUUACAUUCACUGAGAGAGCUCAAUAUAAGAAGAAAUCAUCUUCAUGCAUUGCCAGAUGAAUUAGGAGAUCUUCCCUUAGUCAAGCUGGACUUCUCUUGUAAUAAAGUGACCGAAAUUCCAGUUUGUUACAGAAAGCUACAUCAUUUACAAGUAAUAAUUUUGGAUAACAAUCCAUUGCAAGUACCACCGGCGCAGAUAUGUUUAAAGGGUAAAGUACACAUAUUUAAAUACUUAAAUAUCCAAGCAUGUUGCAGAAUGGAUAAAAAACCAGAUUCUCUGGAUCUUCCAUCGUUGAGUAAAAGAAUGCCCUCCCAGCCUCUCACAGACAGUAUGGAGGAUUUUUAUCCAAAUAAAAAUCCUGGUCCUGACUCUGGAAUUGGAAGUGAUAAUGGAGAGAAACGAUUAUCUGCAACAGAACCAUCAGAUGAUGACACAGUCAGCCUUCAUUCUCAAGUGUCAGAAUCAAAUAGAGAACAGACAUCAAGAAAUGACAGUCACUCAACUGGAAGCAAACCUGAUUCUCAGAAAGACCAGGAGGUGUAUGAUUUUAUUGACCUCAACACAGAAGAUGUAGCAGUUUCUGAACAAGGAGAUACACAUGUUGGAUCCUUUGUUUCUUUCCUUAAGGGAAAAGAAAAAGGCCUUGAAAAAUUACAGAAAAAUGAAGAAUUAGGAGAUGAAAAAAGACUUGGAAAAGAACACUUACUUGCUGAGGAAGAGGAUGAUGAUUUGAAGGAAGUAACUGAUUUGAAGAAAGUAGCUGCUCAGUUAUUGCAGCAAGAGCAAAAGAACAGUGUCUUAGCAGAUGAAGUUAAUUCACCAUUAUCACCUUUCUCAUGGCAGCCCUUAGAAAAUCAGAAGGAUCAAACAGAUGAACAACAGUGGCCAGAAUCUCAACCUAUAAUUUGGCAUAGUGAAGAAAGGAGGCGGAGCAAACAGAUUAGAAAAGAAUAUUUCAAGUAUAAAUCAUCAAGGAAGAAUUCAAGUGGCAAUGAAAAUGAUGAGCAAGACAGUGAUAAUGCUAAUGUGUUACCACAAACUCCAAUAUCAUCUGAGGUAUAUGAUAGAACUGAUGGUUUUUCACAUGGUCCUUUUGGCUUGAAGCCUAGAUCAGCUUUUAGCCGCUCAUCUCGCCAGGAAUAUGGGGCAGCAGAUCCUGGAUUUACAAUGAGAAGAAAGAUGGAACAUUUACGGGAAGAACGAGAGCAAAUACGACAACUUCGCAAUAAUCUUGAAUCCAAGUUAAAAGUAAUUUUGCCUGAUGACAUUGGAGCUGCACUCAUGGAUGGGGUUGUUCUUUGUCAUUUAGCCAAUCAUAUAAGGCCACGCUCUGUAGCUAGUAUUCAUGUGCCAUCACCAGCAGUGCCUAAACUGAGCAUGGCAAAAUGUCGAAGAAAUGUAGAAAACUUUCUUGAUGCUUGUAAAAAGUUGGGUGUCUCACAGGAAAGACUCUGUUUGCCUCAUCAUAUUUUGGAAGAAAGAGGUCUUGUGAAAGUCGGUGUCACGGUUCAGGCUCUUCUUGAACUACCUACAACCAAGGCAUCUCAGCUUUCUACAGCUUAAUAUAACAUUUAAAAAUCAUAAGUGUAUAGUUUCAUUUACUUGAAGUGAUUUCAAAUUACUCAAAUUCAUGAAUAAGACUAUCUAAUAAAAAAUAAUUUUAUUAGAUCAAGCCUUAGUUUUUAAAAAAAUUAUGUUGUAUUAAAUUUUAAAUAGCCCAAACUUACUUUGGAAGAAAACUGGACUAAAACUUAAGAGUUUUUGAUAAAUUCAAAUUCUCUUUUUACUUAGUCAGCUGAUAACCUUGAUUAUUUUUGAAGUUCAAAUUGACAGUAAAUUUAAAAUACUAUUGCAGUUUAAUAAUUGCUUUAGGUUUAAUUUUUAAUAUAGCAUACCAGUAAUGUCUGGGUAAGGUAAUCUUUUUGACCUAUUUAAAUAAUUCUAUAUCUGAGUUAUUCAAUUCUCUUCUAAUUCUAGUUUAUACAGAAGUUCUUUAAUCUUUGUUCUUAGUUUUCUAGAAGAAAAUGAGUAGAAAAUAUAGAGCUAUGACUUUAUAUUGAAUUGUUUUAGUAUUAUAGGUUGUUGCCAAAAUAUUUUCAGUUGUACUGUAGAUUGUUUACAUGUGAAGUGCCUGUGUAAUUGAUGACUCAUUUAGUCUUAAACAUUUUUGCAAUUUGUUUUAAUGUGUUAUGGAGUCAGUGAAACUUUAAAAUAUUUUAGUAGAUUAUGUGAUGUCAGUAAUAUGUGAGGAUUUAAAUGUGACUCACAUUGUGAUAUUUGUGGGUUUUUUACUUAGUCCAUUGCAAUUUUCCUUAAAUUGGUUAUUUCAUGUUGUCAAAAAACAAUAUUAAUAUGCUUAAUUUAUGCUAUUUAAUUUUGGAAAACUUAAUCAUCUUUUAAAAUGUAUUGUUUGAAGAGUAUUUUAUGUCUGUAUUGAAAAUGUUACACAAAGCAGUAAGGUUUUUGAGAACUAGCAAAGUACUAAUUAUCAAGGACAUUUUGAAAAAGCUGCCAACAUUUGCUUUAUGCUUUUACUUUCAGGAACAUUGCAUCCAUGUGCUCCCUUUAGUUAGAUUCAGAGAGUAACAAUUGAGGAAUAGGUUUUUAUUCAAAAUGUGGUCAUUUGUGGAUCCUGUAAAUCUUAUGAUACUCAACUAACAUGAUGUUGAAUUAAACACAGACCAUUCUGUAAAUGUUUUCACAAAUAUACUGUUACGUAAAGUCCUUGUUUAAUUUAGAGGUGGAUAAAUUUACAUUGGUAGUAGUGCAGGUAUGUUUAAAAAACGUUACUCUAAUGAAUAACUCUGUUUCCUGUAGAAGAACCUCAGUAUAAUUACUUUUGUAGUAGCCAGGCAAGUAUCAUAUCUUAAAUAUGUGAUUAUUUGCACUUGUUACCUCUUAAAAUGGAUGCAACUUAUUAAAUAUGUUGGCCUGGGUGUAUCAAAGGGUAUAUAUAAAAGACAAAAACUAUUGUGCCAAAUGAUUUAAUAAGGGCUGAUUUAGAAACAACUCUGCUUUUUUGGAUCAGUUGGCAUGAAGCCAUAUAAUUAAAUUUUAGCUUGAGAAUACAGAUGUGUUUUUUACACCCCCCAAGGGCCAAAUUGGAGCUUUUAAAGAAUUAAAGGCUCUUAUAACUAUAUAGGCUAAACAUUUUUAGUAAUGUAUUACUUUAAAUAUUUGAGCUAAUUAGUAACUAUUUUUCAGUUGGAUCCAAAAAAAAAAAAAAAAAAAAAACUUCAUUGACAUAAUCUCCCUAGCAAAAACUUAGGUAAUAACGGUAAAAAAAAAUGGCAAAUAAAUACUUCAGCUAUCAGUUUUUAUUGUAGAAAUUUGAUAAUGUUACAAAUAAAGUGAUCAUUAAAAGCUAAAGCAGUCAUACUGCUAUCAUAGUUAACAUGCUCUAGGAUUCCUCUUAUUCAUCAAUCUAGGUGUUAAUUAUUUUCUAAGUAUCUUUCUGUUUUGUGCCAUUGAAAUAUUAGUGAAAUUAUAGGCCAUUUUCUUAUUGAAUUUUACUUGUCAACUAAUUAUUACUUUCAAGAGAAAAUGCACCAGAACCUCACUGUAGCAUUUUUUUACUACAAAGCAAAAUUCCAUUUAGCAUGGGUCUGUCUGAAGUCCAAACUCUGGCAGUUUAUUUACCAUAGUGCCAAAAGGCAACACCACCUCUGAGAAGUUUCACAGCAUAGUGCCCAAGGACACAUUAUAUCAAGGCUCUGAUGUAUUUCUUUUAGUAGUUUUUAAAUAAGUAUAAAACUUUUUAUGGUUAUUAUAUACUUACUUUAUCAGUUAUUGAAUUAAGAAUGAUUAUCAUUAUGUGACUUAGCUAUGUGAUUUGAAGAGGGUUAAAUAAUCAAACCAAAAUAUUUUAUUCGGCCCUAAAAAUGCAGUAUAUAUCUAUCUGCUAAAUUUAUUACUGUAUGGCACAAAAAAAGAAGUGAUGUUGGAUAAGUUAGAAUUGAAAUAAAGAAUGAAUGCAUUACCAUUUAUUUAAUAAUUAUCUUUACAGGAUACUAGUUUAUUGAGUUUUCUAAUGGAAUUUUUUGAAGAAUUCAGAAAUGUUUGUAUUGGUCACAGAUCUAUCAUGACUGAUUUUCCUGAUGGAUUUAAAAAUAAAUGGUAAUUUAAAUGUAUAUUACCGAUGCAAACUGUGGAU